CUCCUGCCGCUACCGGGCCUCCCCCGGGCGACGGGGAACAGGCCGAGAUGGCAUCGGGUAGUGAAAACGGUGCUUCAACUGGAGGAAGCGCCGCUUUCAAUGAAUUUGUGUCCCAGUUCAACGCUCGCUUAGAGCUACAGUAUUUCCCACCGACCAGCAACGGCCAGCAGCCUGCCUCGGGCGCGGCGCCACCACCGUUUUCGCCUUAUGUGAUCGCUUCCAACCUUACACCGACGGCGGCCGAAUUUGUGCCCCGUAAGUAUCAAUCCUCCUUUGCCACGCCGCAGGCAGCUCCGUUGGAAUCGUACGUCCUGGCAACCGCUCCGCCGGUGUUCAACAAUGUUUGCGAACGGCCUACCUCCUCGGCCAUCGAUCGAGAGGAUCGAGAAGAAAAUGGUCGCGCGGGCCCAUCCAACCAUUUGCAUGGUUCCGGUCGGGCCGGUUUCGGUGUUGGCAGUAGUCGCCCGAGACGCAACGAAAGUCUGAAACCGCGCAAUGGUUGGCACACCCGGGACGAUCGUCCCGUUGGGCGUGGGAAGUGGAAGGCAAAUCAACCGAUACCGGGAAGUGGACGACUGCAACGGAUGCACGACCACGACGAUGACGACGAUCGUUCGUCGACAAUGAAUGGAGAAAGCGCAUCAUCGUCGCGUUACGCCAGCGGAAGACAUCAAAGGGGAAAUCAAAGGACACUGCACCACCAUCAUGAUCAAGAUCGUCUAGCGCAAAACGUUCCCGCUGCCCCCGCGGUCGAUGAGAACCUGGUUAAACCGCUUUCGAAGUGUUCACAGCGGGAAAAAUUGAUGCGCGAAAUUGAAUGCUACCGGCUGGAGUGUUUGGUGUGCUGCGAGAUCGUUAAGCCGAUGCAAUCGACGUGGUCCUGCGGGAACUGCUACCACAUACUGCAUCUUACGUGCGUCACACGUUGGGCGACCAGUUCGCAGUCGGACGAUGGAAGCUGGCGCUGUCCGGCGUGUCAGAACGUGCUGAAGACAGUUCCCCGCGAGUACCUCUGCUUCUGUGGGAAGGAGAAAAAUCCCACCUACAAUAGGGAAGAUCUGGCGCACUCCUGUGGCGAGGUUUGCGGUAGGCGAGACUUUUGCGAGCACCCCUGCACGUUGCUAUGCCAUCCUGGGCCUUGUCCGCCGUGUCAGGCGUCGGUGCAGCGUCGUUGCGGAUGUGGUAGGCUGGAGAAAGCGCUCCUGUGCAGCAGGAAGGAGGAUUUGCUGUGUGACGCGACUUGUGAUAAGGCGCUGAACUGUGAUCGACAUCGGUGCGCGAAACGGUGCCACGGUGGAGACUGCGAUCCGUGUGAAGAGCAGGUCCAGCACAAUUGCCACUGUGGCAAGUGCGACCGAAUGGUGGCGUGCACGAAAGGAAACCUGGAGAAAACGGUCUACGGAUGCGGUGCGGUUUGUGAUCGUCCGUUGAGCUGCGGGAACCAUCGUUGCGAACUGCUGUGUCAUGAGGGCGAUUGUACUCCCUGCAUGGACCGCCCCGAGGUGGUGCUUAGUUGUCCGUGCGGUCGACAGCCCAUCGAGGCGGGUAGUAGAACGUCCUGCCUUGAUCCCAUCCCAACUUGCACGGGGAACUGUGGGAAGAAGUUGGCGUGCGGUCCGCCGGGGGCACAUCAUUGCUGUGACGCACGCUGCCAUCGGGGUGAGUGUCCACCGUGCAAAAAGUCCACCACCGUCAAGUGUCGCUGUGGCAACAUGGACCAACCGAUGAAGUGCAAGGACCUUACGACACGGGCGGACGAUGCGCGUUGCAAAAAACGUUGCGUCCGCAGGAGGAGCUGCGCGAAGCAUAAAUGCAACCAACUGUGCUGCAUCGAUUUUGAUCACAUCUGCCCGAAAACGUGCUCCCUGCCGCUGUCCUGUGGGCGCCAUCGGUGUGAUAAACCUUGCCACAAGGGCAACUGCCAGCCGUGUCACCGGGUUUCGUUCGACGAGCUGACGUGUGAUUGUGGCGCCAACAUAAUCUACCCACCGGUGCCUUGCGGGACCAAAAAGCCGGCCUGCGAUCGACCCUGCGCUAGGCGGCACGUUUGCGAUCAUCCCGCGCUUCACAACUGCCACUCGGAAGCGGAGUGUCCACCGUGUGUUGUGCUAACGGCAAAGUAUUGCUUCGGCCAGCACGAACAGCGUGCGACUAUUCCGUGCUAUCAGCAAUCGUUCAGCUGUGGUAUGCCUUGUGCGCGACCGUUGUCCUGUGGGCGACACAAGUGUAUCCGGGCAUGCCACGAGGACAGCUGCCAACAGGACGGAGUGGUGUGCAAGCAAAGCUGCACCGCAACGAGGGAAUCGUGUGGGCACCUCUGUAAUGCAACCUGCCACGAAGGUGAAUGUCCGGAUACGCCCUGCCGUGUGAUGGUCGAUGUGACAUGCGAGUGCGGUAACCGGAAGCAGCAGCGCUCGUGUCACGAUUUUUCCAAAGAAUAUCGGCGCAUUGCAUCGACACAGCUGGCGUCGUCCGUGCAGGAAAUGCAACGCGGAGGAUCGGUUGAGCUGAGCGACAUUUUGGGCCCAAUCAGACCGAAAAACAAUAGAACCCUUGAAUGUAAUGAUGAGUGCAAGCUCCUGGACCGUAACCGAAGGCUCGCAUUGGCACUGCAAAUUCGCAACCCCGAUCUAACCUCAAAACUGCAGCCAAACUACUCGGAGUUCUUGCGCAGCUACGCCAAGAAAGACCUGGCCCUGGUGCAGAUGGUACACGACAAGCUGACCGAGUUGGUCAAGCUGGCGAAGGAAAGCAAGCAAAAGUCUCGCUCGUACUCGUUCCCGGUGAUGAACCGAGAGAAGCGCUCGGUCGUGCAGGAAAUGUGCCACAUGUUUGGCGUCGAAGCGGUUGCAUACGAUGCUGAACCGAAUCGGAAUAUCGUGGCUACUGCGGAUCGGUUUACGUGCUGGCUUCCCAGUAUGAGCUUGAUGGAGGUUUUACAGCGGGAGAACGGUCAGCGGCGCAUCGUCGUACCGAAUCUUAAUGCCUGGGGACGACCGUCUGGUGCGUCGGCAGCGUCAAGCAGCAAAUGAAUGAAAGUCGCUACUAAUAUUAGAUUCUAACCUUGCAUCGAUACAGAAUUAUUUAUACUGUUUUCGUUUUUCUAUCUUUUCACACUAACAUAAACAUCCGGCUAUUUAUAAAGUUAAUUCAUCCUCGCUUCAUGCAAAUAUACUAAAAUGUCUCCAAACUGCGGGGA